AUGAACCUAAAAGCCAUGCAGGAAAUGGACACUAAGAAAAGACAAGAAGAAGAUGGUUCAAAAGCGGUGGUGGAAACGACAGAGCAUCGUUCGUCGGGAGGGAAAGGCACUGAGCAAAGAAAUAAUGUAGAGGUGGUUCAUCAAUCUCAUCCCAAAACUAGUGGCGGCGUUCUCGUCGGAGCCGCCGCCGCCGUCGAAUCCACCCUUGAAUCUGCCAAAGAAGUCAUCUCUAAAACCUAA